CGCAGCGGAAGGGAGGGGCGAGCCCGGGCCCGCGGCUGGGCGGGGGGAGCCGCCACAUCCCUCCCUCCCUCCUUCCCCCAUCCCUCCCUUCCCUGCCUUCCCGCCGCUCCGCCGGCACCGGGAUGCGCGGCCAGGGCGAGGAGCCGCCGAGCUGCGCAGAUUCCAGAGACUUAUUAAAGGAAUUUCCACAGCCUAAAAACUUGCUCAACAGUGUGAUUGGACGAGCCCUGGGCAUUUCCCAUGCAAGGGACAAGCUGGUCUACAUCCACACUAAUGGGCCAAGGAAAAAGAAAGUCACUCUGCACAUCAAGUGGCCCAAGAACGUGGAGGUGGAGGGCUAUGGGACCAAGAAGAUCGACGCGGAGCGGCAGGCAGCCGCUGCGGCCUGUCAGCUCUUCAAGGGCUGGGGGUUGCUGGGCCCCCGGAACGAGCUGUUUGACGCCGCCAAGUACCGGCUCCUGGCGGACCAGCUGGGCUGUCCCGACGAGCGCUGGUGCUCCGAGGGCAAGUGGCGCUCCAAGUCCGGGCCCUCCCUCGCAGACCUGUCCACCUGCUGGCGGAGGAUGGAGCCCGACGACUCCAUCCAGCCCAUGGAGCAGGGCAGGAUGCCUAAAGCCAUGAGGAGGGAAGAGCUGGAGGAGGGGGAGCUGGAGGAAGGGGAGCUGGAGGAGGGGGAGCUGGAGGAGGAAGCGAUCGAUGUCUCGGAUUACCUGCCCAUGGCACACCAGGACGCCCGGACCCCGGGCAGGGAUGCCAGCCGAGGAGGGAGUUCCAUUGAGAUGACCGACGACAACACUGCCAUCCGUGCCCUGACACAGUUCCCACUGCCCAAAAACCUCCUGGCGCAAGUGAUUCAGAUUGCAACCUCUUCCUCCACAGUCAAGGAGUACAUGCAGUUCCGCACGGUGGGCACCAAGACCAAGAUCUGCAAGCUGACACUGCGCUGGCCCUGCCCCAUGACCUUCGCUGCCAAGGGCCGGCGCAAGGUGGAGGCAGAAAACAAAGCAGCAGCUCUGGCCUGUCAGAAGCUGAAGAGCCUUGGCUUGGUGGACAAGAACAACAACCCCCUGAGCCAUGCCAUGUACAACAUGACUUCCCUGCGGGAGCUGGGGGAGAACCAGAGGAAACCCUGCCACAUCAAAGUCCCCGAGGCCACCCUGCGCAAGAUCGAGAACUACCUGAACCACUAUCCCGUGGACAUCAGGGAGUCCCGGCCCCGGAUUGCCGAUGACAUGAUGAACCUGACCAAGGAAUCUGGUGCGAUAAGCGACGCCAUCACGGGGAAGACCUACAUCCCCAUGCUGGAGGCAGAGGAAGUGCGCCUUAGCCAGAACCUCCUGGCCCUCUGGAAAAGGAGAGGAGCCUCCUGGCAGGAGAGCCACCCACUGCCAGUAGACCCCCACAAGGACACCAUCCUGUCAGCCAUCGAGCAGAACCCCGUGGUGGUAAUAGCGGGAGACACGGGCUGCGGGAAGACCACGCGGAUCCCGCAGCUGCUGCUGGAACACUACAUCCUGGAGGGCCGCGGCGCCCGCUGCAACGUGGUGAUCACCCAGCCCCGCAGGAUCAGCGCCAUCUCCGUGGCCCAGCGCGUGGCACAGGAGCUGGGGCCCAACAUGAGGAAGAACGUGGGCUACCAGGUGCGGCUGGAGAGCAAACCCCCCGCCCGGGGAGGGGCCCUGCUCUUCUGCACUGUGGGCAUCCUGCUCAGGAAGCUGCAGGGCAACCCCAGCCUGGAGGGCGUCAGCCACGUCGUGGUGGACGAGGUGCACGAGCGAGACGUCAACACCGACUUCCUGCUCAUCCUGCUCAAAGGCAUCCAGAAGCUGAACCCCGACCUGCGCCUGGUCCUCAUGAGCGCCACGGGGGACAACCAGCGCUUCUCCCACUACUUUGGGGACUGCCCUGUGGUCAAGGUGCCGGGCUUCAUGUACCCCGUGAAGGAAUACUACCUGGAGGAGAUCCUGGCCAAGCUGGGCCGGCACCGACACCGGCACUACGAGAUCAAGCAAUCCGACGAUGAGUGUGUGCUGGAUCUCGACCUGAUCACCGACCUCGUGCUCCAGAUCGAUGCCCACGGAGAGCCAGGUGGGAUCCUCUGCUUCCUCCCUGGCUGGCAGGAGAUCAAAGGGGUGCAGCAGCGGCUGCUGGAGAUGCUGGGCUCGCAGAACAGCCGCUACCUCGUCCUGCCAGUGCACUCCAACAUCCCCAUGAUGGACCAGCAGAACAUCUUCCAGAGGCCUCCUCCUGGCGUCAGGAAGAUUGUCCUGGCCACCAACAUCGCGGAGACCUCCAUCACCAUCAACGACAUCGUGCACGUGGUGGACAGUGGCACGCACAAGGAGGAGCGCUACGACCUCAAGACCAAGGUGUCCUGCCUGGAGACGGUGUGGGUGUCCAAGUCGAACGUGGUGCAGCGGCGGGGCCGCGCCGGCCGCUGCCAGUCGGGCUUUGCCUACCACCUCUUCCCUCGCAGCCGCCUGGACAAGAUGCCAACUUACCAGGUGCCAGAGAUCCUGCGCACCCCCCUGGAGAACCUGGUGGUGCAGGCCAAGAUCCACAUGCCAGAGAAAACGGCAGUUGAAUUUCUCUCCAAGGCUCUGGACAGCCCUGACAUCAAAGCUGUGGAUGAAGCCGUGAUCUUGCUGCAGGAGAUCGGAGUGCUGGACCAGCGGGAGGCCCUCACCACCCUGGGCAAGCGGCUGGCCCAGAUCUCCACAGACCCUCGGCUGGCCAAGGCCAUCGUCCUGGCCUCCAUCUACCGCUGCCUGCACCCCCUGCUCGUCAUCGUGUCCUGCCUCACGCGGGACCCCUUCAGCAGCAGCCUGCAGAACCGCGCCGAGGUGGACAAGGCCAAGGCCGUGCUGAGCCGGGAGAGCGGCAGUGACCACCUGGCCUUCGUGAGGGCCGUGGCGGGCUGGGAGGAGGUGCUGAGGCGCAGGGACAGCCGUGCCAGGGACAACUACCUGCAGGACUACUACCUGUACGGGCCCAGCCUGCGCUUCAUCAACGGCCUUGUCAAGCAGUUCUCUGAGAACCUCUAUGAAGCCUUCCUGGUGUCAUCCCCGUCUGACUGUACCAUGCCAUCAUCUGUGUGUAACCAGUACAGUGAAGAGGAGGAACUGGUCAAGGGAGUCCUCAUGGCUGGGCUCUACCCCAACCUCAUCCAGGUGAGACAAGGCAAAGUGACCCGCCAGGGGAAGUUCAAACCCAACAGCUACGCGUACCGGACAAAGGCUGGCACCGUCCUGCUGCACAAGUCAACCAUCAACAGGGAGGCCUCCAAGCUGUACAGCCGCUGGCUCACCUAUUUCAUGGCUGUCAAGUCCAAUGGGGGUGUGUUCGUGCGGGACUCGUCCCAGGUGCACCCGCUGGCCGUGCUGCUCAUGACCGACACCGACAUCCACGUCCGAGAUGACGGCUGGAGAGCCACCGUGUCCCUGACGGACAGCGACCUCCUGGUGCUGGAGGGGGACUCCUACACCAUCCGCCUGCUGCGCGACUUCCGCGUGUCCCUGUCCAAGAUGGUGGAGACGUGCCUGUGCUACGAGAUGGCCGCGAUCCCCGGGGACCUGCACCACCAGCACAGCCAACUGCUCGACAUCCUGGUGGAUCUGCUCAAGGGCCCUCCCGGCAGCUUUGGCUCGUAGGCGGAGCCGGAGGCUCCUGUGGGGACUUGUAAUUUGUAUAAAGAUGUUCACAAAUGUUUAUUUAAAUAAAGUUCUAUUUAUCCCUUGUGAAGUCA